UAUAUAGAUCACUAAAAACAAUUAAUUAAUUUUCAUACUUCACCGAGCAUGCACAUUAUUUAGGAGACAGUGUAUAUCAGUACUGAAGAUGAGGACACUGUUAAUCGUAUGAGAAAUCAGAUUACCAGCAAUAGUCUCAGAGGUCAUGAGAAUCACAUGGGUCAAAGAGAUUAUACGGUCACAGAGGUCACUGUCUCUGAUUUGUAGUGGAAGACUGACUUCUGUAGUGAACAUCCAUAGCUUUAUCCAGAAACCAGCAUGAAUACCUGUAACGGUUGUGGUGCUGCACACUUAGCGAGACAGGAUCAGCACACCUGUAGUGUGUGUAACAAGGUGUUGUGUGUUUCCUGUGCAGAGAUGCAAGAAAAGCUACAGUUUAUGAGUAGUGAUAACGAACUGUGUAGAGGAAAUAACUGUUCCCUGUGUGAUUUGCUACAUAGUAUCAACAGCGGAGAACAUACAGAUUCCAAUGUUGAGGAAAUUCAAAAUUGUGAGGAAGCAAAACAGUCAAUAUCUGAAACUAAUUCAGUUUCUGAAAGUGGAAAUAACAUUACUACUGAUGCUUGUGUGUCAUUAGAGGACAAUAGACAAAUGGAUACACCAGUCACAACAUUGGACGAGAGUCAACUGAUGAAACUAGAGGCCAGUGCUGAUAGAUGUUGUAGUAAGACAAUGACUGCAGGUCAAGGUGACAAGCUCAGCACUAAAGAUCAAGGUGACAAGCUCAGCACUAAAGGUCAAGGUGACAAGCUCAGCACUAAAAGUCAAGGUGACAAGCUCAGCACUAAAGGUCAAGGUGACAAGCUCAGCACGAAAGGUCAAGGUGACAAGCUCAGCACCACACAUCAAGGUGAUGGUCCUGAGACAUCAAUAGAUAGGGGUGAAAGGGACGUAACAACUGGGACAACAGUCAAUCAGCGAAAACCUCCAAUAGAAAAUCAACCGACAUGUGUCAAUUACGGCUUUAUGAACCAACUAUUCUCACAGAGUGAAUAUAAUGAAUAUGAUCGCAAGAUCAAAUCAAUCAAGCGUAAAGGCAGGGGCCAUGUUAUCGAAGGAAAUGGUGAUGUUGUAAUGUUGUGUAGUGAGGACGACAAGACAGCUGCUUAUAGGUAUUGUGAAUAUUUAAAGACACAGAAGAUGCCAGGACAUCCAGGUGUCGCUGUGAAGGCCAGUUUGUUGGACAACGUGGUACCAUUUGGAGAACCAAUUUUUGCUGGAGCAGAAAGAGCUAUAGCAAAGUUCACGUUUGUAUUUUUGUAUGUGUCAAGACUUUCUAGUAUAGAUAAAAUAUAUUCUUUUUUUAAGGAGAUAUGUCUCUCAGAGACAGUAGAGAAGUUUGAAAAGGAAGGAUGUUUGAUUAUUGUUUAUGCUGAUGAUGUUCGUCCGUGUGAUAUUCCACCAAGGUUCAAACUGCUCAACAGUGUCUAUGCAACUGAUCAAUCAAAAGACACAGAAAAUGCUCUUAUCAAAAAACUGGAAAGCAAAUUCUAUCUAAGAACUGCAAGAGAGAAAAGGUUUGUCGAUGAAUGUUUUGCUGAUUAAAUUUGAAAGCAUAUUAUAAUGUUGUACAAAGGUAUAAUGCUGUUGAAUUCCAGACCGUUAAUUUCGGUAGCUGAAAUUUAUUUCAUUAAUCAUUGACAUGUUAAUAAUUUCAACUGCAGGAUAAGUAAUUAUUUUUCCAUAUGCAUAUAUGUUUUGAUUUUCUUUUUAAAUGCAUACCUAGCCCAACC